AUGGCGAAUAUUCAGGACUUGGACUUGAAUCUCACUAUCCCUCUAAAACUAGACGCUUUCGUUUUGAAUGAAAAGCUCAGCGAACGAGAUCAGAACAACCUAAACGCCGACCCUGCCAAAGAAGCCAAAAUUGCACCGAUCACCCAGCCCAACUACACGUUUCUCCAGCUAGAACACCAGCUCCUUCAGCAUGAUAUUCUGGACCAUGUGGACCUUCACAAUGCUUUCCCCGCUAGUUCCAACUCCCGGCUUUAUGAUUUGGGCAAGGGUAAACCGAGAGAGAACCGAAUGGGCGUUUAUUUGCAUUGGGUGAUGCCUCGCUUCUACCGAACUGGCACGGCUGCAACCCAUUCGGCUGCCCCGGGCCACGACCAGGAACGCAAGGCCAAAGGCUUCAGCAGUAGCACGGGGGAAACGGCAAAACGGGACUAUAGCUUACCUGCCUUCCGUCCCCUGCCAAACCGAUGGCUGGUUAUUCGGAAACUGGAUCCCAAGGCAGACACAACUGAACCUAACAAUACCUCGAUUGAAGCGGUGGAGUCAUGGGUGAUUGAAAGUGAUCGAAUCCAGCCGAUUGAUAAAAUUGGUAAAGAUAAAGACUUGCAGGUAGACGUUUCGCCAUAUAUCACCAGCAACAACCAAAGCGUGAAAGGUAUCAAAUUGGACAGACAAGCGGAGAUCUUCAUUGGGUACAAGGAGUCAACUAAAACCUGGAAAGAAGGCAAAGAUGAAGUAGAGAGAGUGGACCUGACAGCUGUGAAUAGUUCCAACCAGCUCUUUCUUGACUAUCAGUCACAUUGCAGCAAUGUCUUUUCUACCGUUGACGCGUUCGAAUAUAAGGAAGGUGAAACUAUCAAGCGACUCAAUAAGGCCAAGGCUGAUUACUACGUCAUUGGAUGGCACUCAAAUGAUACCCAAGGGCCGUUUGGAGAUCUGGAUGAUACAAUUUCCCGAGAGGAGCGUUUGAGGGCUCUGUCGAUGGAACUGAAGGGUGAUCCUAAGGAUUGGCCAAAAGAGGUUACAGUCUGGCUGUCGAAAAAGGAGGUCGCCUGCAGUGUCUGUCAUGGGGCCAUGUAUAACGUGAUUUGGGAUCGUAACAAGCGACCAGAAAACAUCCCAGCCAACAAGGCAUCUGAACAUCUCCUCAGCUCGAUGCCAGUGACGGUUGGCACCACCCCCAUCGAUUCACUUCUGUCCUACAUUGACUGUCAUAAACACGCUAGUGAUGAAACACCUGAGCAGGAGAAACUUGAAAAUGAUUUACAUCUUCUUGAACCACUUCUUCGUGCGCAAGAUGAAAAGGUGAAUGUCCACCGUGUCGCCGUCGAUGAGGUGCAAAACUGGAACUUCGCUCGUGAAUCUGGGGGCUCGCAUUGGCACAUCCAAAGCCAAGAAGGCGAAAAGACUAAAAUACCUUCUGACGAUGAGAUAGAAGGGCUGGAAAAACUCAACAAUGCACAGAGAGUCCUAGAUAGCACCCAAAGACAAAUUAUACAGUUACGAUGGGAUAUGUUCUCGCACUGGUGGAGAUAUGUGAGCGGAGAUGUUGACUCGCCGACAACUCAAACAAUUAUCGAAUCCCUCAAGGCUAGAGUGAAUGAUCUACUAGGAUUGGUUACUCAGCAGUCGAAAUUUAUCAACAAUCAAUUGCUGGGGAACCAAAAAGCCUUCCCUCAAAAGCCUCAACAAGGGGUCUUGCCCGAAUUCAGCCAGCCUCGGGAUCCGACACUUUUGGUGUCUGGCAUUCAGGCUGGAUGGCCUGAUGAUUAUUUGGACGAUCUGCAAGUCCGCUUAGACAACCAACUGAUCAGCUCUGAUCUGACCGAUGAUGAGGCAGCUAAGUACGGUAUUAAACAGCUGCCCAGCGAGCUUUUCCAAACAGCAAAAGGACUAGUUGGAGAAUUCAACAGAUUAAGUGAUCCAGGUGCCGUGGGGGGAAAUGGGCAUUAUACCCCUCUCUACCACGACAAGGGCAAGCAUGGCGCUGCUGAUUUACGGGACCAAUGGGCGAAAACGCAGCCCUGGGCACCUUUAUUUCUCGAAUGGCAGGUGGAAUAUUUCCAUAUCCCCUGGGAAGAUUGGUCUCUGUCGGAGGCUUUAACUCCGGAAUGCAAAGACAAAAUCGACAAGCGAUGGCGACUGGCGAUCGACCCCAAGGUAAACCUUCUCGAACCCCAAAUUGACGAUAAACGGCUCUUGUCGGGGCGAAUUUUGCUUCUUCCGCAACCAAACUUCUCUCUACAUGCAUCAAUCGUACAGCUAUUGAACUCAGUCAGUCCCGAGGUCAAGAAAAAGUAUGAUAUAGAGGAGCUUGCAAAAAAGACGUGGAAGCUACCUUUCCUUUCUGCCCCUUUGGAUGGCUUUACCGACCACCUUCUGACUAUGGUGCAUGGCACGCAUAUCAAGCCAAACGCUAGAUACCCUGCUGGGUAUGAUCUGGAAGGAGUACACCCUAUUGACGAUGCGCUGAUAAGCCCAUUUAAGAAAGAUCAUUUGGGUAUUGUUGACAUUUAUUCCGAACAGACACCUUAUGGAGCGCUUCUCUCUAAUUCACUGACUGUACUGAAUGAAAUUUCACCAACAAAGACACGGCCGCAUCCAUUCAAGCCGGUAACGCAUGGCCAAUUCCGCUUCUCGAAACUGAACAUCAUCGACAAGUUCGGCCAAGCGAUCAACGCCAUUGACGCUCGUUAUGGGCAUGAAGAGGAUGAGGCUAUCUAUCCUUAUCUCAGCUCGUAUUACGAGCCACAGCUUUACGAAGGUAACCCAAACCUAGUUCGGCAGAAUGGAGAAAGCCACCAGGGACAUGUCGAGUUUGCACAGGUGCCUCCGAGUAUCAAUCAGCCGGCACGACUGAAUUCUACGUUUGUGAUCUACGAUAAGCGCCAUAAAGGUCCAGAUAGCGAUUAUUCAUACUGGCGACCUGUUACUGAAUGGGAGAAUCCGAUUUGGGGAUGGAUCGUACUCAACUAUGUUGACAACGGGAUUCAGAUCUUCCUACAAGACGGGACGUUCUAUCGAGAAGUUCGUUUGGCAUCUCCAAAUGCACCAAAAGAUGCUUCGCUCAGUGCUAAAUGGCUACCGUUUCCACCACCAACGGAUAUGAAGAAUACUCAACAGGUGGAUCGUCUAAUCGAUAAACUCUCUAAGGAUCAAGAAUACCUCCAUGCAUUCCUCAAGAUGGCGAAUGACUCGCAGGAACAGUCAUCAUCAUCAGUUCCCAGUGCGUAUGCUGGUUUCCUAAACUCUCUUGUCGGUCGACCGCUGGCUCUGGUUAAUGCCGGUUGGUCUCUGGAGUUAUCAAUAGACGAGAAGAAAAACCAGGCCCUUUCUGCUAGCGAAGAGCAGCCUGUUCAUCUUCUUCCCGAAAAUGGAAAAACUUACGACUUUCCGAUUAAAUUGGGUGAUAAGGACCGGUCAGGGGAUGGUCUCGUUGGAUAUUUCCAUCUCAACGAAACCGAUCCUGGCACAGACCUGACUCCUGGGAACGAAUUAGACCUGAGAGUUAUCUAUACCUACUACACAGGAAAAGAUGAAAGUGGGCUUCUUAAGGAUAUUGCGGAUGUUGAUUCUAAUAAACCUCCCAAACUUUCUUCUUUUUGGCUCAAACCAGAUGACUAUACUGCUCAAAGUGACCCUGCCUUGGAAAAAAAAGCUCGGCUGUUCGCUCGCAAUUGGAACAAGAAGCUUCAUGUCUUCGGAACCAUCGUCGACCCUUUCCUUCCGAUUACAACAUUCAGCAGCAUCCUUCCAAUGAAUAAUCUUCAGCUUCCACCAUGGACAUGGCAGCAGGCAAUGCAGAAAAUGACAGCUUUCUUUCAUCUAGGUCCAAUUGUUGUAACAGAUGACGUUGAGAAAUACAAUACAAAGGAAAACGAGCCCCUUCCUCCAAAUUACAAAUUCGAUCCUGCUAAUGACCCGACAAUCAAGAAUAGUGCAGUGGGUAUGCCAGCGUUACAGACAGGGAGUUGGGCAUGGCUGCAGCCAUUCCUCAAGGACCGAGAUACUGAGCAAGAGUACAAAGCGUUGGAACCUGGGAAAGUUGAUUCUGGGCCAAGUUUUGAGAGAGGGCCGUACACCGCCCUUGAGGGGUAUCUGCAGCUAAAGCAACCCAUCGUUCGCCCUGCUGUUAACGAUACUGAAGGGCUGAAGUGA